AUGCUGCACCUGAUCGUCAUCUCGCUGUCGGUGGAGAUUGUCGUCUACUCCACCAAGCAGCUUUGCCUGUUCGUGAUGGCCUCCGACCUGUGCUGCGUGCUCACCUCGUUCCUCUACAUUGCCAUCAAGGAGUCGGCCGAGCGCGAGCCGGGCUACUCGACCAUGCAGAGCCUCGAGCUGCUGCGCAACAGCGUCGUCGUCACGGCAGAAUCGUGUCUUCUACUGGUAAUGGAAGUU